AUGGGCAGGCUCCAUCGCUACCGGCCACCGCGUGAUGAAGAACACUCGCAAGAACUGCUGGUUGAUCGGAAAAGCCACAUAUCACACAUUUUCCUUGCACAGGGGGAAGUCUAUUCAAUUUAUCCUAGAGGGUCGUCAGUCGAAAUUAUGGAGUGGUGGAAGAGGCUGCCGCGUAAGGUGGCCGCCAAAGUUGUUAGUGCUGGGUUUGGGGAUUUUCUGAGCCACUUGCCCCUAGCCGAUAGGGAUAGGAGGUUGCCUGUCGCACUUGCGGAGCGAUGGUGGGACUCAACAAACUCCUUCCACUUGCCUUUCGGAGAGAUGACACUGACACCCUUGGACUUCACCUGCAUAACCGGUGUUGCAGUGGGCGGCUUGGCCAUUCCGUGGGAUUACAAUGUUAGGGAAAAUGCCAAUUACAUCAAGGAGCAAUUGGGUUGGGUGCCAGCUUUUGCUUCUGCCGGUGCCAUCAGAGUUACCGAUAUAUUGUCAUUCUACAAGGACAAGGCGAUUGACGAGAACGACGACGUCCAACUGGCACAUCUGACUAGAGCUUUCUUUCUACACAUGCUUGGCCGCACUUUACUUAGCAACACGGCCGAAACAAUUAACCUGUGCUGUCUGCCUGCGCUGGAGGACGUAGAUCGUAUAGGGGAUUAUAACUGGGGAGGGGCGGGGAUGGCAACCUUGUACAGAUUUAUGUCCGCCGUCUCCCGACGCCUGACGAAAAGCCUUGGCGGCUACAGCUUCGUUUGGGAGGACGAGAGGGACGUAUUGCCCACAAUGUGGCGAUGGCGCUCGUGUAAUAGAGCCAACCGACAAUCACCGUCUACGGUCGAACAUUUUCGCCGCGCAAUUGACACCAUUAACCCGGAAGACGUCAACUGGCUGCCCUUCCCUGCAAUGGCAUUGCCGAGUCGGUAUCUCAAAUCCAAGGAACUAACUGCAACGAGAUUGCUUUUGGAUGGCCCCAUGGGAAGAUUUUACUACCUGGGCGAGAGGGUUAUUAGGCAGGUGUAUGCAGGUGUAUGUGCAAAGCAACCUCCCCAUCGGCCAUCAGAUAUGUACAGCACUGAUACAAUUUCGGGAAACAGGCUACAUGAUGUGCUUCAUGGACUGCCCAUUGCAAGCCUAUACCCUGAUCCCCCUCCAUAUGCUACGUAUGACGAUUGCCAUUAA